AUCCACGCUCUGCAGGGUCCCGGCCGCCGCGGCUGCCAUGGAUAUCAGCUAAAGCCGGCCGGAGAGGGCAGCGAGGCGCUCCCCGACCCAGGUCCGCAGCCCCGCGGGGCCGCCGCGCCCUCCCUCUCGUUGGCCGGCCGCUCCCCGCCCGCCCGAGCCUGCCCCGGAGGAGCCCGGCUGCCCCGGGGAGGGGGGGGACGAGAGGGAGGGAGGGAAGGAGCACGGAAUAUACCGGGAGGUAGUCGGGCAGAGCAUCCCAACGGCAAUGUCCAAGGGCUUGAAGAAGAAAAGCCACUGGACGAGCCGAGUCCACGAGAUUGUGAUCGUGAGGAACCCGGAGGGGCAGCUGGGCUUCGAGCUGAAGGGGGGCGCCGAGAACGGGCAGUUCCCCUACCUGGGGGAGGUGAAGCCCGGCAAGGUGGCCUAUGAGGGCGGCAGCAAGUUAGUGCCGGAGGAGCUGCUGCUGGAGGUGAACGAGACCCCUGUAGCCGGGCUCACCAUCAGGGAUGUGCUGGCCGUGAUCAAGCACUGCAAAGACCCCAUCCGGCUCAAGUGCGUCAAGCAAGGAGGCAUUGUUGAUAAGGACCUUCGUCACUACCUCAAUUUGCGGUUCCAGAAAGGUUCGGUAGACCAUGAGCUCCAGCAGAUUAUAAGAGACAAUCUCUACCUCCGCACAGUGCCAUGCACCACAAGGCCACAUAAGGAGGGGGAAGUCCCUGGUGUGGACUAUAUUUUCAUCACUGUUGAAGAUUUUAUGGAAUUGGAGAAAAGUGGUGCUCUCUUAGAAAGUGGAACAUAUGAAGACAACUAUUACGGCACCCCAAAGCCUCCAGCAGAACCAGCUCCACUGCUGUUAAAUGUAACAGACCAGAUCCUCCCAGGUGCCACUCCCGGGGCUGAAGGCAAACGUAAAAGGAAUAAGUCUGUGAGCAAUAUGGAGAAGACAGGUAUUGAGCCACCGGAGGAAGAGGAGGAAGAAAGACCUGUGGUCAAUGGAAAUGACGUGACAGUAACACCAGAAUCAAGUGAACAUGAAGAGAAGAGCACAGGUGUCUCAGGUGAGAUAUCUUCCACCCAACCUUGUCCUGCACCAGGAUAUACUCAGCCUGAAGAAGCAAAGGAGGAUAUGGAUGUAACAAAGCAGACUAAACCUGAAGAAAAUGAUGACUUGGGCCCACUGCCUGAUAACUGGGAAAUGGCUUAUACAGAAAAGGGGGAAGUCUACUUCAUUGACCAUAACACAAAGACAACAUCAUGGCUGGAUCCACGACUUGCGAAAAAGGCUAAACCUCCAGAAGAGUGCAAAGAAAAUGAGCUUCCAUAUGGCUGGGAGAAAAUUGAUGAUCCCAUUUAUGGCACUUAUUAUGUUGACCACAUAAAUAGAAGAACACAAUUUGAAAACCCUGUCCUAGAAGCAAAAAGGAAGCUACAGCAGCAUAACAUGCCCAACGCAGAACUUGGAACAAAGCCUAUGCAGGCCCAAGGUUUCCGAGUAGAAAGCUUCUCAUCAACCUUACCUAGACCCAAAUUUACCCACCUGCGCCCCGCUCCCAAGAGGUCCCACAGCGUGAAUGACCUGUCCCAGUGCUGGUGUGCCCCCGCCGGGACGCGCAGGCUGCACGAAAAACCACUCUUCACCCGUGAUGCAUCACAGCUGAAGGGGACUUUCCUCAGCACAACUCUUAAGAAAAGCAACAUGGGCUUUGGAUUUACCAUCAUUGGUGGGGAUGAGCCAGAUGAGUUUCUCCAGGUGAAGAGUGUAAUCCCUGAUGGGCCUGCAGCACAAGAUGGGAAAAUGGAAACAGGUGAUGUCAUUGUCUAUAUUAAUGAAGUUUGUGUCCUUGGACAUACUCACGCAGAUGUAGUCAAACUCUUCCAGUCUGUUCCUAUUGGUCAGAGUGUCAACUUGGUGCUAUGUCGUGGAUACCCUUUGCCCUUUGAUCCUGAAGAUCCUGCCAACAGCAUGGUGCCACCCCUUGCAGUAAUGGAGAGGCCUCCGGUAGUGGUAAAUGGAAGACAUAACUAUGAAACUUAUUUGGAGUACAUUUCUAGGACUUCUCAGUCUGUUCCAGACGUAACAGAUCGACCACCACACUCCUUGCAAUCCAUUCCAGCAGAUAGUCAGCUUGAUAGCACAUUCCCACCACCUGCCCAUGAUGAUAAUGUAUCAAUGGCUUCUUCUGGGGCCACCCAAGCUGAACUCAUGACCUUAACCAUUGUGAAAGGGGCCCAGGGCUUUGGCUUCACUAUAGCAGACAGUCCUACAGGACAGAGGGUGAAGCAAAUUCUAGACAUUCAGGGAUGUCCUGGUUUGUGUGAAGGUGACCUCAUUGUUGAGAUCAACCAGCAGAAUGUACAGAACCUGAGCCAUGCAGAAGUAGUGGAUAUACUUAAAGAAUGUCCUGUUGGAAGUGAAACUUCUUUGAUUAUCCAUAGAGGAGGUUUCUUUUCUCCAUGGAAAACUCCAAAGCCUAUGAUGGAACGAUGGGAAAAUCAAGGCAGUCCUCAAACAAGCCUUUCUGCUCCAGCUAUGCCACAGAAUAUUCCCUACCCACCUGCUCUUCACAGGAGUUCAUUUCCUGAUUCAACAGAGGCCUUUGAUCCACGAAAACCUGACCCAUAUGAGCUGUAUGAGAAAUCAAGAGCUAUUUAUGAAAGUAGGCAGCAAGUGCUGCCCAGGACUGGUUUUCGAGCGGAUUCCUCAGGUCCCGAUUACAAGGAGCUGGAUGUUCACCUUCGGAGAAUGGAGUCUGGGUUUGGCUUCAGGAUCCUGGGAGGGGAUGAGCCUGGACAGCCUAUUCUUAUCGGAGCAGUAAUUGCCAUGGGCUCAGCAGACCGAGAUGGUCGUCUCCAUCCUGGUGAUGAGCUGGUGUAUGUAGACGGGAUUCCAGUGGCUGGCAAAACCCACCGAUAUGUGAUUGAUCUUAUGCAUAAUGCUGCCCGAAAUGGGCAAGUGAAUCUUACUGUGAGGAGAAAGGUGCUACCCACAGAGUCCUCCAGCCAGAAAGGUCCCCCUCCGCCGGGCGCGACACCCCCUCGCAGCUCCCCCAGCGCUAGGAAAAUGGCCAAUAACCAAGGAGAACCGUGCCCAGAGAAUGGCAGAAGCCCAGGCUCAGUGUCUACGCACCACAGUUCUCCAAGAAGUGACUACACUACUUAUGCUAACAGUAAUCAUGCUGCCUCUAGUAGCAAUGCUACACCGCCUGAGGGCUUCACUUCUCACAGCCUGCAAACCAGUGAUGUGGUGAUCCACCGCAAGGAGAAUGAAGGCUUUGGCUUUGUUAUCAUCAGUUCCCUGAACAGGCCUGAAUCUGGGUCCACAAUAACUGUACCCCAUAAAAUAGGGCGGAUAAUUGAUGGAAGUCCUGCAGAUCGCUGUGCAAAACUUAAAGUUGGAGACCGGAUCUUAGCUGUGAAUGGCCAGUCUAUUAUAAACAUGCCUCAUGCAGAUAUUGUGAAGCUAAUUAAAGAUGCAGGUCUCAGUGUAACUCUUCGCAUCAUUCCUCAGGAGGAGCUGAACAGCCCAGCCUCAGCCCCCAGCUCGGAGAAGCAGAGCCCCAUGGCCCAGCAGCACAGCCCCAUGGCCCAGCAGCACAGCCCCGUGGCCCAGCAGAGUCCCCUGGCGCAGCAGAGCCCCGUUGCCCAGCACAGCCCCGUCUCCCAGCCGCCACCUCCUCAGCCCCUCCAGCUGCAAGGACAUGAAAACAGUUAUAGGUCAGAAGUAAAAGCCAGACAGGAUGUGAAACCUGACAUCCGGCAACCUCCAUUUACAGACUACAGGCAGUCCUCAACAGACUACCGACAGCCUCCACUGGACUACAGGCAUCCUCCAGUGAUGGAUUACCAGCAGCCACCACCUCUCGACUACAGGCAGCCACCCUUGAUAGAUUACAGGCAGCAUUCACCUGACACGAGGCAGUACCCCCUGUCAGAGUACAGGCAGCCCCAGGACUUUGAUUAUUUCACCGUUGAUUUGGAGAAAGGAGCCAAAGGUUUUGGGUUUAGUAUUCGAGGAGGAAGGGAGUACAAAAUGGAUUUGUAUGUGUUGAGGUUAGCAGAAGAUGGGCCAGCAAUAAGAAAUGGAAGGAUGAGGGUAGGAGAUCAAAUAAUUGAAAUCAAUGGAGAAAGCACAAGGGACAUGACACAUGCCAGAGCAAUAGAGCUAAUCAAGUCUGGUGGCAGGAGAGUGCGACUGUUGUUGAAACGUGGAACAGGACAGGUCCCAGAAUAUGACGAACCAAACUCCUGGAGUGCUCCCUCUGCCACCUCCCCAGGUCUGCCGGAAGUAGCUCUUUCCCUCGAUGACAUUAUCUCACCAUUAUCUUCAUCACACAUAGCCCCACCCUCUGACCCUUCUCACCAGAUAAGCCCAGAGCCAACAUGGGAUAUCAAGAGGGAACAAGAUGUAAGGAAACCAAAGGAGCUUUCGGUGAACGGUCACAAAAAGAAAAGGUUAGGAGAACAAAGAGAAAGGUCAGCAAGUCCUAAAAAGGUAGACAGGUCAAAGCAUGAAGAGGCUUCUUGGAAAGGAUAUUCAGAAGGCAAAAAUAAGACCACUGAUGGUGGCAGGCCCACCUCAGAAAGCAAAGUGGUGGGACACAGCAUUAUGAUCGAGGCUGGCACAAGAGAGCACGUGUGUGCUGGAACCAGUGAUGAACAGUUUGGGAGGCUGAGGAAGCUGGAAAGCAAGAGAGGAGGAUCUCUUAGCAAAAAAGAAGACCACAAAUCUGCAAAUAUCAGUGAGAAGAAACCAGCUGCAGCACCCGACCAUGUCAAGCUUGAUACGGGUGCUACCAAGACGUACAGUAGCAACCGCUGCAGCUCGCCUGGAAGUGAUAUGGACCACAGCCAGAGGGACCCUGAUGGGAAACCCAGCGAGUUCCCCAGGAAGGGACAUCUCCACUCCAUUAGCACUCGCAGCACCAACACCACAGUUCGAAAGGCAACGGUCUCCCCAGGGCCAUGGAAAAUCCCUGGCUCAGAUAAGCUACCUAGCGUCCUGAAGUCUGGUACUUCUGCCAUGAGCAGAUAAGCAAGGGACUGUUGCCCUCUAACUGUCUCAAACUGACGCAGAACAUUCUUCUUAGUUUUUGUCUCACAUUGGUUUGUUUUAAUUUAUUUUAACUAUCACACAUAUACACAAAGCAUUGAGGAAUGAAAACAUUAGUGUGUAAUUCCAUGACAAUGUGCACAGUAUCUAAUAAGUUCAAAAGCAUAUAGUCAACACGGAGAUUUAAAAUCGACCCUAAAGUCCCAGUUCCAUUUUAGGGACUUAGGCAGCUAUGGAAGAAACCAAAACAAUAUGAAGGACAGUACAUCAGAGAAGGAUAGUGCAGUGUAGCUUUAGCAUUUUUUUUCCCACUGCAUGAAGGACUUGGAUUUCAUUCAAACUUUAUAUCAAGAAACUGGAACAAGUUAGAGCAAUCACAAACUGGAACAUCGCCUUAAAUAAAACUGCACGGAGCAAGCUGAAACAGAGAGAGGAUCUUUUCAUGGAGCUAAAAUGUUGUAAAUAAAUUGUUCUCGACAUAUCUAGACAGGGGCUAAAGGGUUUCUUUAAAGCAUCAUUCAGAACUGUACACCCAUGACACCUCUCCACUGUUAACACUUUGGGAUAGUCCACGUGGUACCCUGUAGCAUAGUUCACUGGGCGCUACGGGAGGAGUGGGGAAUCCAGUGGAUUAGUUUCUGUGAUACCAUUUCUACUGCCAUUUUUGUGAACAAACCAUGUUUCUGUACAUUGGAAAGGAGUUAGGGUGGCGUUGUGUUUGCAAAUUACUCUCAAAAGUGGUUUAUUACAGGUUCCCCAAGUCCUGCAAAGUAGCAGACAAACCAAUUGGUCAGGCUCAAAACCCAGACAUCUGCAAGGCCCUUGCAAUGAAAGGAAGAGUGCUACAGAGAAAAAGCUGCAGUUUCCUUAAGGAAAGGCCUUUCCUUCCUGCAGAAGAUGAUCGUUUCACUUAUCAACAGUGCUAUGUUUCAUACCCAUCUGCAUUUAGUUAGGACACUCUCAUCUUCCAUCCCCUCAGUUUGGCAGAGCAGGUGCCCUUCAGGCACACGUUAACAAUAAUUAGGCUGGUUUCUGAAAUACAGUUGUCGGUGUCCUCGUUCAGUAAAUUCAAUAUAUUUCCAUUUUCAAAAUAGUUUCCAUGUUACCAUUUCUUCCCUACCUCCAUUUUUUUUUGUUUGUUUUGUUCUGGGUUGGGUUUUUUUUGGUCUUUUGUUUUUAACUUUCUCGCUUGUCUGUUUUGAAUUUCAAGCCUUAAGUGCCAGGUAAACAUUCCAGUCUGCCUUCACAGGAAAUAACUCCGAGUUCAGUCAAACAGUCAUUAUCUUGUUUCAAAAAGAUGCGUGCAUGUCUGUGUAAGUGUGCAUAUGCUUAUUUGUCUGUCAAAAUUGAAACAAAAUCCUGGGCAAUAAUACAUUGGUAAUUAAAAAAUAAGAGAAAAAAGUCAUGAAGAAAGUACUGUCAAAAAUUUGUAUUUAAAAGUUACUGUUCUCUAGCAAUCUUAGUUCCUCACAUGCUCUGCUGAAAAAUUAGACUGAGAUUGGCUUUGUUCCAAGAAAUUAGCACAUUACUCUAUGUCUCAAACAUUGCACUGGACUGAGAAAUUUAUAGGCAUGUUUCUUCCUGUCCAAUUAUUUGAAAAGCCUCAAGUCAAGGAUUUUGCAGCUUUCAAAAAAGUUUUUCCUUUAGAAAGAAAACUCCAUUUAAAAUAUGAUUUCUAAAAAAGCACAAGUCCAUGUAGCUGUUUAUAAAACUCUUAUUUAAUGGAGGAAAAAAACAUCCUUAUCCCCUGAACUACAAUCCAAUAUAAUUUGCCAUUAAUUUAUUGAAUCUGAUUUUGGACAAUGCUUCUGUAGUGUAGAUGCACAUCCCAGUAUCUUAUUUUUAUGUAUAAAGAAAGCAAACAAUAAAAUCUGAAAAACAAUUGAGAUUAUGCUUGCAUAAACUCUAAUUUGCACAGUUCACAGCUACUCCUUGUGCAGUAAUUGCUUUAUGCGGCUGUAAUCGAUAACCUGUGAAGACAGCACAUCAUCUAAACCCCAUUCCAAAUAAUAUUUCUGUGUAGUGUUAGCUGUGAAUUUACCCUGUACAGCUCUAUCUCUAUAAAUAUAAUUCCAUGUAUUAAUAGUCACAGAAAGGCUGUAAGUGAGCAACUAUUUUUAUGAAACGCACCACUAUGGAUAAAUUAACUUUUACAGAAAUCUUGUUUACUGUAUGAUAUUCUAAACCACUGUCAAAUAAAAUAUAUAUCCAAAAGUC